AAAAAAACAAAAAACAAACAAACAAACAACAUUGUUCUCCCAGCUAAAUUAAAUAAUAAAUAAUCAUUAAAAAUGGUUAAAUACAUUGAAUUUCAAGCAGUUGUACUUGCUGGUGGAAAAGGAUCAAGAAUGACUGAAUUAACAGCAGGUAAACCAAAGUGUCUUCUUCCAAUUCAUAAUAAUCCAAUGAUAUAUUAUCCAUUACGCUCACUUGAACGUGCUGGUUUUAAUGAUGCAAUAAUAAUUGUUAUUGAAUCAAUGAAACGUGAAAUAACAGCUGCUAUUGAUAAAUUAAAUUUAUCAAUUAAAAUUGAAUAUAUUGGUAUACCAGAUGGUGAAGAUCUUGGUACUGCUGAUGCACUACGUUUUAUUGGUGAUAAAAUUAAUCAUGAUUUUGUUGUUGUAUCAUGUGAUUUAAUUGCUGAUAUUAAUAUAACAGAUAUACUCAAUUCAUAUAGAAUACAUAAUUCAAGUUUAACAGCAUUAAUGUUAUCAUCACCAAAAGUACCAAGUACAUUUAUAACACCUGGACCAAAAAGUAAACAAAAACCAGAAACAGAUUUAAUUGGUAUUGAUAAUAAUACAAAUAGACUUGUAUUUCUUGCAUCAGCAUCUGAUUUUGAAGAAAAUAUUGAUAUAUCACAAAAAUUAUUAAGAAAACAUACUAGUUUUACAAUUCAUUCAAAACUCAUGGAUGCACAUUUUUAUGUUAUGAAUAAAUGGGUACUUGAUUUUCUCUUACAUAAUAAAAAAUUUGGUACAUUAAAAGGUGAAUUGUUACCAUACAUUGUUAGUAAACAACUUAGUAAACCACAAAAAAUAAUAAAUGAUGAUAAACAUGAGUCAAUUGUCAAGAUGAAUAUGAAAGAGGAUAUAUUUAGAUUUGCUGUUGAAAAAUUGUAUGAUGCUGAAAUUAGAAAAAUGUCAGCUUUCAAUGAUCAUGGCUAUGAUCUUGCUGAUACUUAUCAUCGAGAUCCAAUAAGAUGUUAUGCACAUAUCAUCAAGGAUCAAUUUGGUCUUCGUGCAAAUACUGUACAAAUGUAUAGUUAUGCAAAUAGCAUGCUUCCUGAAUUGUCAUUUUGUAAUAUUACAAAUAAUCCAAUUUCUCCAUUGGCUGUUGUUAAAAGUACACAAAUUGCUGAUUGUAAAAUUGACGAAGGAACUACGGUUGGAGAAAAAACAUCAUUGAAACAUAGUCAUAUUGGUCCCAGCUCAAUAAUCGAAUCAAAAACUCGUAUCUCUGACAGUGUUAUCAUGGGAAAUGUUACAAUUAAACAAAGAUGCAAUAUACAAAAUAGUAUUUUGUGUAAUGGAUGUGUUAUUGAGGAAGGAACUGAAUUAAAAAAUUGUCUUGUUGGAGCUCAGCAUGUUGUUGGAUCUGAAGAAAAUCAUUCUCGUGAAGUUUUAACUGAUUUAGAUAGAUUAAUGGAAAUAUAAUAAAAUAAUUUCUUUUUUUUUUUUAUAAAUUUGAUUAUAUAUAAUUUAUUUUUUUUAAUUUAAAGAUUUUUAAUAAAAUUAUUAUAAACU